AACAACAACAACGCGGGGAGCUAGGGCUAGCAGCCCUGGGAAGGAAAGCAAUGGACCGGAUCAGUCGAUGACCAGUGCAUUAGCAUCCACAGAUAACGGCACCGAUACCGAGGAUACGGUCGAUUUUACGGCAACGAAUAGCUCGGUGUCGUCUCCCAAGCCCUCGGACAGUGACGAAGCAAUCGAGGAGUCGGAGAAGCUUGCGUCGUUCAUCGACGCCGAAAAGAAGCGCGGAGCGGCGCGCAAACAGCACUGGAAGUCGCAGAGUGUCGGUGAUAGCGGCCCCGGAGUCGUACAGUCGAGUCACGCCAAUAAUACUUCCACUACCAGCCACUCCGAGGACUUCCAGGAGCACACGACUUUCUCCGCUAAUCGAGAACUCUGGCAGAGACGCGCUACCUCCCAAACACACCUCAACCCCCCCAUGUCAUCCACCUCAAAUUUCUUCCGGGCGUAUCAAGAGCUCCGCGACAUGCGCCAGAAACACACGCCCGAUCUCGUGAUGGAUCUGCCACUUUCGGCACAGGAUCCCGGCAACAAGUCUGCCUCGACGAGCAGCCUCAGCGGCUCCGAUGACGAGAGCCCAAGCCGCGCCUCCCUCCCCGAAGGGGCCAAUCUCGCGACCCCGGGUCCCGAGUCCCCCGACAUGAGCACCGCGGCUGAACGUUUCGCUAAACAAAAUCAAUGCACGCUGAAGAAGAACACAAAGGGUGUGGUGGACAACGGGAAGCAGCCGCGGCACGGCCUGGACAACGAAUCCGAGAUUGAUAACAACGGAUCCGAGGACAUCGUGCGCUCGAUGAGCUCGACUCAGAUUUCAGAGGGCAGCUUGGCUCUGAGAUCGCCCAUGCCCUCGCGCUCUACCACCAAGAUCGCGGCCAAGUUCGCGGACAUGCACCUGACCGGGGGUAGCCAAAUGCAGGUCUCAUCGUUCAAGCCGCAGGUGAAGGUGAAACCGACGAUAUUGCGCAAGCCCAUCGUGCCGUACCCGCACCCGCACAUGAGUCCCGAGCUCGCUAGGAAAAUCGAGAAGCAGGCCCAGAGCACGGAGCAGGCCAACUAGAAUCCGGAGAUUCCCUUACGCGCGAUUAUUACCUGCCGCACGACC